AUGUGUAUGGUCUUAGAAUGCGGUUGGAAGACUGUCUUGGUCGCGUCGCGCCGCAUCGUGGAUAUGAUGUCUCAUACCCGUUCCCUUGUUAUACAUGAACGAAAACCAGAAUUCGUCGUUUAUGCCUCGGCGUUGAGUCAUGAAAAGGAUAUCAAAACACAAGUCAAAGAGAUGAACACGAGAAUUCAUCAGAUUGGCAUUGCCGGUCCAAAUAUGGACGUAGUAGGAGCCCUUCGAGUCGCUCGCCUCACUUUGGAAGCAACAGUCGGCACGAUGCACGUUAAUGCGAAAAUAGUUGCUGAUCGUUUGUCGAUUCGCAUGGCCCAAAGUAUUGUCCGGCGCUAUCCGAUAGCACUAAUCAGUACGACCGAAGACAAAUUUUAG